AUCAAAUAUGGUUAAUUUUUGCACUGUCUGCUCUGAACAGCUGCUCGACAUCACAAACUCUUCCAUCGGCUGCCAUAACUCAUAUGCCCUACCCAGGCGAUUGUAAUCGCUACUACGAGACGCGAACUCUCAGCUGUCCUGCUAAUUCCUACUGGAGUGAGCAAUUGCAGCGAUGCGAAACUAUGGAAUUGACUAAGUGUCCAAUAUCUGCUCGCACCUCCAAUCCACAGGAAAAUCAUCAUGAUGAUAGCCUCGCUGCGUUAUGCGCUGCUCAAAAGGGUGUUUUUAUACCCUACCCCGGUGAUUGCACUCGCUUCAUUCAGUGUGACUAUCUGCCCUUCGUGAAGACUUGUCCUCAGCACUUGUUUUGGAAUUCCAGGCUGCUCACUUGCGAUAAAAUAUGUGUGUAGUUUUUUCUAUUCACAAUCCCGAGAUAAAUAUCGGUAUACAAAGAAUAUAAAACCAAU